UAAACAUUAUACACCAAAGCUUUCCCUGUUGCAUGGAACUCUGCCCUACUAUUUGCACUACCUUCCAAUCUACAUAUAAUUUUUCAGAAAUUUAUCUAUCUUUAAGAUCAGAUUUGAGUACCAGAAUACUUCACCCAUACUACUUUCUCUCUCUUCUCCCACUACCACAUUUAUAAAAACCCCAUUUUUUGGCAUUGAAACAAACAAACAACCCAGAAAAACAGAGAAAAGAUAGAAAAACAGAGAAGAAUGGAAACAAUCUCAGUUUCCAAACUAAUAACACUCUUCUUUCUGAGCUUAUUUCUGGGUUUUAAGUUCACACAUUCUACUGAAAUUACUUAUGAUAAUAAAGGUAUUAUCAUUAAUGGCCAACGAAAACUCCUCAUUUCUGGUUCAAUUCAUUAUCCCAGAAGUACCCCUGAAAUGUGGGGAGAUCUUAUAAGGAAAGCUAAAGUUGGAGGAUUAGAUGUUAUUGAUACUUAUGUUUUCUGGAAUGGGCAUGAACCUUCUCCUGGAAAAUAUCAUUUUGAAGGGAGAUAUGAUUUAGUGCGCUUCAUUAAGACUGUUCAAAGAGUUGGGCUUUAUGUUAAUCUCCGCAUUGGUCCUUAUGUUUGUGCUGAAUGGAAUUUUGGAGGUUUUCCUGUAUGGUUGAAGUAUGUUCCUGGAAUCAGCUUCAGAACAGAUAAUGAACCAUUUAAGAGAGCAAUGCAAGGUUUUACUGAGAAGAUUGUUGGGAUGAUGAAAAGUGAGAAAUUAUUUGCAUCACAGGGUGGUCCAAUAAUCCUCUCUCAGAUUGAGAAUGAAUAUGGGUCAGAGGUUAAGGAGUUUGGGCCUGCUGGUAAGGCAUACAUAGACUGGGCUGCAAAAAUGGCGGAUGGAUUGAAAACCGGAGUCCCAUGGUUGAUGUGUAAGGAAGAUGAUGCUCCGGAGCCAAUGAUAAACACUUGCAACGGUUUCUAUUGUGAUUAUUUCACACCUAACAAACCAAAUAAACCCAAGAUGUGGACCGAGGCUUGGAGUGGAUGGUUCUCUGAAUUUGGAGGUCCAAAUCAUGAGAGACCAGUUGAAGAUUUAGCACUUGCAGUUGCUCGUUUCAUACAAACCGGUGGCUCAUAUGUCAACUACUACAUGUACCAUGGUGGAACCAACUUUGAGCGAACUGCUGGUGGACCAUUUAUUACAACUAGUUAUGAUUAUGAUGCCCCAAUUGACGAAUACGGUUUAAUUAGGCAACCCAAAUAUGGGCAUUUGAAAGACUUACACCGAGCCAUCAAGCUUUGUGAACGGGCAUUGCUCUCUUCGGAUGCUAAAGUUACAUCAUUGGGAACUUAUCAGAAGGCUUAUGUCUUCUCGGGUCGGGGAACUUGUGCGGCUUUCCUCUACAACUACCAUUUCACUAAAUCAGCAAGGGUGACAUUCAACAAUGAGCACUUUGAACUUCCUGCUUGGUCUAUUAGCAUACUUCCUGAUUGCAAACACUCUGUCUUCAACACUGCUAAGGUCGGAGUUCAAACCUCACAUAUGCAAAUGUUACCAACCAAUUCUCGGUUGUUGUCAUGGGAGAUGUAUGAUGAAGAUAUUUCUUCUCUGGAGGAGCGUCCAACAAUGACAGCUGUCGGACUUCUAGAACAGAUCAAUGUCACUAGAGACAGCAGUGAUUACCUUUGGUACAUGACCAAUGUCCACGUCAGUGCUUCUGAUUUGCAAGGAGCUCCAAGUCUCAUGGUGGAAUCAGCAGGGCAUGCUGUCCAUGUGUUUGUUAAUGGAAAGUUUUCAGGUUCGGGUUUUGGGACUAGAGAAGAUAGGAGGUUUACUUUUAAAGGACCAGUCAACCUUCAUGCAGGAAUGAACAGAAUUGCUUUGCUAAGUUUAGCAGUUGGUUUACCGAAUGUCGGGCCACAUUACGAGACAUGGAAAACUGGAAUUCUUGGCCCAGUUAUACUGCAUGGCCUUAGCAGCGGCAAGAGGGAUUUAACAUGGCAGAAGUGGUCAUAUCAAGUUGGAUUGAAGGGAGAAAAUAUGAAGCUAACGUCUCCAAAUGAAGCUUCGUCUACAGAAUGGAUGCGUGUCUCGCUUGCUGCACAGAAAACUCAACCUUUAACCUGGUAUAAGGCUAACUUUGAUGCUCCUGAUGGGGUUGAACCAUUGGCUUUAGAUAUGGAAAGCAUGGGUAAAGGUGAAAUCUGGAUCAAUGGUCUGAGUAUUGGAAGAUAUUGGACUAGUUAUGCAAAGGGAAACUGCCAACCAUGUAACUAUGGUGGAACAUACCGUCAAACUAAAUGCCAAUCUGGCUGUGGUCGCCCAACCCAAAGAUGGUACCAUGUUCCUAGGGGUUGGUUAAAGCCAAGGCAAAAUCAAAUGGUCAUCUUCGAGGAACUAGGUGGAGAUGCAUCAAAGAUCUCUCUGAUGAAGCGAUCAGUGUCACGUGUUUGUGCAGAUGCAUUUGAACACCAUCCAAUGGUCGAGCACUGGCGGUUAGAUUCCAAUGGCGAGCAAGAGAUAAUUCACCAGUCCAACAUCCGCUUGCAUUGUGGACCAGGACAGUCAAUCGCAUCCAUCCAAUUUGCAAGUUUUGGAACACCAUUGGGAACCUGUGGAAGUUUCGUCAAGGGAUCAUGCCACUCUGAGAACUCCCAAGAUGUCUUAGAGAAGCUUUGUGUUGGCCAGGAAAGAUGCUCAGUUGCUAUAUCCAACUCAAACUUUAAGGGAGAUCCAUGUCGUAACGUGUUAAAACGACUAACAGUUGAAGCCAUAUGUUCCUAAGCACAUGAAACCAACCCACAUUCAUGAUAAAGCCGUAUCAUGUAAAGAGUUUAACCACAAUUUAUCUGCAUAUAUCAAGCUUACAAGGAAGCGGAAAAAGGAAGACGGAGAUAAAUAAUAGUCGAAGACUAUCAAAGGUGUCUAUAAGCAGCAUUUUAUUAUUGUGGAAAGGGAUGCGCGUGAGUAAACUAUACAGCAAGGUGCUUGUGUAUAGUAGCCAUUCCCUUGCCUUUUAUUAGGGAAUGGGAUUCAAGUGAAGGGGUCGAUCACUAUAUUAUUCUGAGUACUAAUUAUGUGCUCUUGGAUAAGAAACUUAGUAUUAGUGGUUGUUUCUACUAGAGCUAUUCUUGAUUACUAUUUAUAUAUAUGCUUUGAGGAGUAGAGAACUUAGAAGUCCGUGUUUGCUUUUACAAGAUCUUGCUGCGAAUGAGGGGGUAUUUCGGUUUUUUUUCUUCUUUUGGUUCUUUAUGUCGUGUUUUUCGUAGUAUUGUAUGUGAUUAAACAAAUUUGUUUUUCUUGUUGCUCAAGCUGAUGCAAGUAUGAAUUGAAUUUGUUCGUUUAAAGCUGAA